AGGACAAAGUGGGCCAUUUCCUCAGUGAAGACACAAAAAUCUUGAUGCAUUGCAUCUCAAUAUGUUCUUGGCCUAUAUAUAUAACAUUACAUCAUUUUUUGCAAAGCAGUUUUGAGGGUCUCCGAAAAUUCAAGAAAUGGUGAAGAUCUGUUGCAUUGGGGCUGGCUAUGUCGGUGGCCCGACAAUGGCGGUGAUUGCUUUUAAGUGUCCCUCCAUAGAGGUAACUGUCGUCGAUAUUUCGGUGUCGAGGAUCGAUGCUUGGAAUAGCGAACAGCUACCGAUAUACGAGCCAGGCCUUGAAGAUGUGGUGAAACAAUGUAGAGGGAAGAAUCUAUUUUUUAGCUGUGAUGUUGAGAAACAUGUUGGUGAGGCUGAUAUAGUCUUUGUUUCUGUUAAUACACCAACUAAAACUCAGGGCCUUGGAGCUGGCAAAGCAGCCGAUCUUACAUACUGGGAAAGUGCUGCUCGGAUGAUUGCCGAUGUUUCAAAAUCGGAUAAGAUUGUGGUUGAAAAAUCUACUGUCCCUGUGAAGACAGCUGAGGCCAUUGAAAAGAUACUGACUCACAACAGCAAAGGGAUCAACUUCCAAAUACUCUCAAACCCUGAGUUUCUUGCUGAGGGAACCGCUGUUCGUGACCUUUUUAAUCCCGACCGGGUUCUUAUCGGUGGACGGGAAACUCCAGAGGGAUUUAAGGCGAUAGAGGAACUCAGAGAUGUGUAUGCUCAUUGGGUGCCCGUUGAGAGAAUUCUUUGUACUAAUCUAUGGUCUGCUGAGUUAUCAAAACUAGCUGCCAAUGCCUUUUUAGCUCAAAGGAUCUCUUCAGUCAAUGCCAUUUCCGCUCUCUGUGAGACAACCGGCGCAGAUAUAACUGAAGUAUCACACUCGGUUGGUAUGGAUUCAAGAAUCGGCCCGAAGUUCUUGAAUGCUAGUGCAGGUUUUGGCGGUUCUUGUUUCCAGAAAGACAUUUUAAAUUUGGUGUACAUCUGUGAAUGCAAUGGCCUUCCAGAGGUAGCAAACUACUGGAAACAUGUCAUCAAAAUAAACGACUACCAGAAGUCCCGAUUUGUCAAUCGAGUUGUUUCAUCCAUGUUCAACACUGUCUCAGGCAAGAAGAUCGCCAUCCUUGGAUUUGCGUUCAAGAAAGACACCGGUGACACAAGAGAGACACCAGCCAUUGAUGUGUGCAAAGGUUUGUUAGGCGACAAAGCGAAGCUAAGCAUAUAUGAUCCACAAGUUUCUGCUGACCACAUCGAAAGAGACCUUUCAAUGGAGAAGUUCAAUUGGGAUCACUCGGUUCAUCUUCAGCCGAUGAGCCCGACCGCUAUAAAACAAAUAAGCGUCGAAUGGGAUGCUUAUGAAGCAACAAAAGAUGCUCAUGGAGUCUGCUUUCUAACCGAAUGGGACGAGUUCAAGAAGCUUGAUUUCCAGAGGAUCUACGACAAUAUGCAAAAGCCUGCGUUCGUAUUCGACGGUCGGAACAUUGUCGAUGCCGUGAAGCUGAGACACAUUGGUUUCAUUGUUUACUCUGUGGGGAAGCCAUUGGAUCCAUGGCUCAAGGACCUGCCUGCUAUUGCUUGAAACAUCAAGUGAAAUGCAGGUUAAUUCCUAGGACCUGUGUUCUUGUUCAUCAUCUCGAUAAAAUCUUUAGUUAUUUGAUGGUUUAGCGUAGAAAUCAGUAUUUGGAGUGGGAAAAAUGGAGAUAAAGUGCCAGUUUUUUAUCAUAAGGUUAAUUAUUACUAGAAAAUAUUAUAUUUGAGGCACUUAUUGUGUAAUUAUUACUGAAGUUUUAUAUGGAUUAGUGAUGAGAUUAAUUGACGAAAA